AUGACGAAAGCAACUGAAGACGCAAUGAUCUCGUUUGACUCCCUUCCACUAGACCCAACAGGCCCACGAGGGAAUGCCUGGGGUCGAUUUGGACAAGAUGACCAACUUGGGACAUUGAACCUGCUCACCCCCGAGCGGGUUGUCGAAGCCGCCAAGGAAAUCAAAACUGGCGUGCGAAUCUCUCUUGACUGGCCGUUGAGCAUGCCUUCGUAUCCAAGCUUCAAUCGCAAUCCAUUUAAGCACGAGCUUAUUCUUCGGAGUCCAAAUUGUAUUCAUGAUGACACCUUGGCAUUCAAUAGCCAGGGGUCUACCCAAUGGGAUGGAUUUAGACAUUACGCAAACCAGAAAUCCAGGCAGUUUUAUAACGGACAUACCACGGAAGAGAUAGAAAGCUCGGACAUCAUUGGAAUUCACUCCAUAUGUGAACACGGUGGAAUAACAGGUCGCGGCGUCCUCCUCGACUACGCAGAAUGGGCCACCACAAACUCAAUCCCCACCUCCGCCCUCAAAUCCGAGACCAUUACCGUCGAAAACCUGAAACGAGUAGUCAAAGAUCACAACCUCAACUUUCAAAAGGGUGACAUUCUCUUUAUCCGCAGUGGCUUCACGGCUGCAUACAACAAGCUGGACGACCAGCAGCGCAAGGACCUAGCCCUCCGAUCAUCGCCCGAUUUUAGCGGUGUCGAGGCGACAGAGUGUAUGGUACGAUGGUUAUGGGCGCAUCAAUUCUCUGCUGUCGCUGGUGAUGCGCCGAGUUUUGAGCGUGCGCCUAUUAGAGGUGCCCAUGCGGACCCGAAUUUCAAUUUACAUGAGUGGGUGCUGGCGGGCUGGGGAACUCCUAUUGGGGAGAUGUUUGAUUUGGAGAAAUUAUCGGAACAUUGCAAGGCUAGUGGACGCUAUAGCUUUUUCUUGUCUAGUAUGCCUUUGAAGGUCAUCGGGGGUGUCGCUAGCCCGCCUAAUGCGUUUGCUAUUUUCUAA